AGGUGGCGCUGAUUCUUCAUUCCAAAAAGAUGCGCGCCCACCGGAUUCUUCACGGUCACGGAUUAUAUACAUCGCCGAACGAUCAUCAUCACCUCUGCCUUCUUCGUCAACAAUUUUAUCUUAUUUUCACCUUUACUUGAUAAUAUUCGGCGUUCUCUUAGCAUUCAACCCUAGGAAUUUCUCCAUCCCAUCUUUAACAGCCCAGAAAUGGCAGAUUCCCAGUCUACCCCCAAGUCCAUCUUCGAUUCCGCCAAAGAGUGGGUUUCUGAGCACAAGCUUCGCACCGUCGGAUGUUUGUGGCUGAGCGGUAUCACGGGAUCUAUUGCAUACAAUUGGUCAAAGCCCAAUAUGAAGACCAGCGUCAGAAUUAUCCAUGCCAGGUUGCACGCACAGGCUUUUACGCUAGCUGCAUUAGCGGGGGCGGCAGUGGUGGAGUACUAUGAUCACAAAAUGGAGAAAAGUGACCGUUAUGCUAGGUUUCUUCAACUGGACACCGUUUCACAGAAGAAAUGAAGAUUCUGUUUUCUUGAUGUGUGUAUGCAACACUGAUCAUUCCCGAACUGAGCAGUUCAUAUGUUGUAGCUUCUUUCUUCUUUUUCUUCUUUUCAAUCUCAAAUUUCUGUUAGUAGCACACAUCUAGCCUGUAGUUUGCUGUAAUAUUCAUCUUAUGAGAUGGUGCAAAUAUCUGUAACAUGGGCAUGUGAAAUCUGAAAUAAAGCAGUAUUGUCAUGGGGUAUGUAACUGCAAGACGAG